AUGGCGGACGGCCGCGGAGCGCAGACGGUGUACAGAAACCGGGAGGGUAAGCGCAUUGAGCGCGAAGAGUGGGUGGAGCUUCAGCAGAAGAAGAAAAAGAAGCGAGUCGCCGACUAUCCGGAGCAGGAGCUGGAAUGGGGGGGCGGCCUGAAACAGCGGGACAACCGGGAAGAAGAGAUGGAGGAGAUCACUAGAAUAGCUGCGCAGCCUUUCGCACGCUUUGAACCAGAUGAGAAGUACAUGCAGGAGCUGAAAGCUAAGCAAGACUGGAAUGACCCCAUGCGCCAGUUUGAGGAGGAACAGGUGACCGCGCCGAGUUUGGAGAAGGUGGCCGCGGUGAAGAGGCCCAAGUGCCCCCACCCGCCCUGGCAGAACCGAUACGACAUAAAGCCGGGCUACCGAUGGGAUGGCAGGGUCAGAGGCAACGGUCACGAGCAGGAGUAUUUCCACACCAAAAACCAGAGGGAGUUCGAGAAGGCCGAUGCCUGGCGCCGGGAGAUGGCCAACGACGACAACUGA